AUGGCAGUGCUACACAAUACAUCUGGAGCCAAGAAAAGGACUAGUGUUAAGAACACACCUCCACAAAAACCAUCACAGGGAACCAAGACCCAGCCUAAAUAUCCCAGGCAACCCUCCAAUCCUGCUUCAGGUAGCAACCCUGGCUACCCUAACCAUCAGCACCCUAGUGGAGGGGGCACUAAUUCUGGAGGAUAUUCCAAUCAGUAUCCCGCUGGUGGUAGUUAUCCUGCUGGAGGUCAUUAUCCUGGACAAGUCAACCCUGGAGGAUAUCCAAACCAAGGUGGCUACCCUGCUGCAGGAGGUUAUUCUAAUCAGUAUCCAGGUAGAAGUGGGUACAGUCCUGGUGGAUAUCCAGCAGCUGGACAUUAACCAAUAAGAACAGGAAGCCAGCCUGGAGGAUACUCAGGGGGAAACCCAUCCAUCAGAGGGGGAUAUCCCAAAUGGAACCCCAACAAUAAGAUUCUCAGCCCAUGCUACGGAGGUAUGUUUGGAGCUGGUAGGUUUGGAAUGGGUGGCUCCCCUUUCUUCUGAUCAGUGCAAAGCAUGGGCUAUGGUCCCUCUGUUCAGUCAAAAGGAAUGGUUGCUGCAGGUGUUGGGGCAGUGGCAUGAAUGGCCAUAGGCUAUGGAGCUGGCCAAUUUCCUCACCCUAACUACCACUUCAGUAGCCCUCAAGAGGAAUAUUACUACAAUCACUAGCACAAACGUUAUGGCUCCGGUUCUAAAAAAGAAAAUAACCAUGGACCCAACUACACAUUAAGGCAACCACCCAAGGCUGAGUCAUAUGACCAAUACAUGGACACAUGCAUGAAGCAAACUGACCUUUUAGAGGAGCAGGACACAAAGGAUUCUACAGAUCAUGACAAUAUAAAAAGAGAUGAACCACUGAAUCAUUAUCCUGGCCUAAAUAAUGACUACCCAGAGAAAGGUGGGCCAGAUAAAAAUGGCACCUCAUCCCCUACAACUGUCAAUACUUCUUCAAUGCCUGCUGGGAUUAACAAGGAUGAUGAAGAUGGAACAGUGAGCAUCUUAAAGAUUGGCUAUCCAGCACUUGUAGAGCAGUUGAAAGCUCGAAAGUGUGUAGAGCUGUUCUUAAUCUACUCUUAA